AUUAAUUUUGUUCCUGAUACUGUACUAUUUUGGAAUGUGUAAACACAUUAGGUUUGAUGGUAAACAUUUCCUGAAGAAGUUGAAGGGCAAGAAGAUCAUGUUUAUAGGGGACUCUCUCAGUCUAAACCAUUUUGAGUCACUAUUAUGCUUGCUUCAUGCAGCUGUGCCUGAUUCCAUUAUGACAGAGGAGACAAACAACUCUGUCAGUACAGUGACAUUCCAGGAUUACGAUGUGUCUGUAAAGCUGUUCAAUUCCCACUACUUGGUAGACAUCGAACAAGAAAAAAUCGGCCGGGUGUUAAAACUUGAUUCGCUCAAGGAUGGAAACACAUGGAAGGACAUGGAUGUUCUAGUGUUCAAUACCUGGCUUUGGUGGUACAGGAGAGGACCGAAGCAACCAUGGGAUUAUGUUCAAGAAGGUGAGACCAUACUCGAGGACAUGGAUCGCAUGGUGGCUUUCCGGAAAGGCUUAACAACAUGGGCAAAAUGGGUUGAUUCUGAUGUUGAUACAUGUAAAACCAAAGUUAUUUUUCAGGGAAUUUCUCCAUCCCAUUACAAUGGAGCGGAAUGGGGAAAACCAGGAGUGACAAACUGUGGAAAGGAGACAGAGCCAGUUAGUGGAUCAACUUACCCUGGUGGCUCACCACUGGCAUUGCAAGCAUUAGAAGAUGUGUUAAAUACUAUCAAGAAACCUGUUCAUUUGCUUAAUAUAACAACUCUUUCACAGCUAAGAAAAGAUGGACAUCCUAGCUCUUACAAUGGCUUUAGAGGCAUGGAUUGUACUCAUUGGUGUGUCGCAGGAGUUCUAGACGCUUGGAAUGAACUUCUCUACACAGCUAUUAUCAGUUAGAUGAAAAAAUUACAGGUGUUAGUUGCUCGCAGUUUAUAGCAUGGCCAUUGAAACCAGCCAGCUUGCUGCCAUCAGUCUCAUUGCAUAUUCCUUG